UUUAGUUUAUUUGGAGCGAGUUGAGAAGGAGGUCUCGAGAUUGUGGCUAUGGCGCACUCGCCGCGGCUGCGGCGCCUCUGGCAAUCGGAUGGCUCCUCCUGCUCCUCCCGCCGCUGCAUUGCGCAGGAAUUCGCGAUCCAGGGCCGGUCAAAGGGCUUGUGAUCGCGGUCAGCAGCGGAGAUCUGCGAAAUCCCCGGAGGAGGGCCAGGAAAUCGGUAAGCGUGCUAGGAUUUCGGGGACCCCGGUCUUAGAAAGCGAGCUAGGGAAGGAGGAGUAGAAAGAACAAGAACGAGGGAGCUAUUUCCAUGGCAACGGCCAUCGCAAUGGACAUAGACGAGUGCGAGGCGGCGGCCAAGGCCAAGACGGCAGCACCGCUGUCGAUCAACAAGUCGUCGGGGAGCAAAAUCUCCAAGAGUUCAUCGUCGUCGAUGAGGCGGCCGAUGCUCCAGCCCUCCAAGCCGCUGCCCACUUCCAAGGUCUAUAACACGGACCCCAUGAGCUUCCGAGAGCUGGUCCAACAGCUCACGGGGAAUAGUUCCACUGGAACUAGUGGCGGUGGUGGCGGUGGCGGUGGUAGUGAUGUCGGCGCUGGCGGCGGAGGAGGAGGAUCUCUCCAGCAGCAAACUUCCACUGGGUUCUCCGAGCAGGCCAUGAAUCCAGGGAUGAUGGGAGUUUCUUCGCAGCAGCAAUACCAUCACCACCACUACCAACAGCAGCAGCAACAUCAGCAGCAGCCAAGCUUGGUGGUGGUGUCGGAUCCAGCGGCGCUUGUUUCUAGCCCAGGAACUGGAGGAGGAGUUCUUUCUCCUCACUCGAGCGCCAGGCCGGUCAACAGCCGGUUGCAAAGGAUGGCACCUCCGCCGCUACGUCCCACAUUCUCGAUCUCCCCGUUCGCCCACAAGCUGGCGCAGCACCAGCAGCAGCACCAGCAGCAGCAGCUUAGCGGGCCUUCCAGCGGAGAAAUUCACGCCGCCACCGCCGGCCACUCCGCCGCCACCUCCAACGUCGUUACGUCCGAGAACUUGACGUCCCCCGGAGCCCAGCCGCUGUCGCCGCUCUCCAACAAGCGCGUGUCGACAAUGCCGCUGCUCUCCUUCUCGCCGCUGCCCGUGCUCUCGCCCAGCGACACCGCCUGGGCCAGCUUCGAGUCGCCCAACACCGCCGCCAUGAAGCAGCUCGCGCAGUCGAUCAUCGAUGGCAGCAGCAAGGGGAGUGGCUUUGCCGGGAGCCGCUUCCCGUGGUCGCCGACGUUCCAAGGCUGCCUCGGCCUCCCCAGCCCGGGUCUCCCGGUGCCCGAGCUCUUCCCGGAAGUCAAGAUGAUCGACUCCCCCGAGAACGCCAGGAAGACUGCCGCCACCGCCGCCUCCUCCACUGGCAACGACUUCAGUUUCCCAGAGAUUCGAGAGAGUUGACAGUGGCGCCGGCAUUGACGGAUCGAGGAUUCGGAGCUACGACUGUGUUGAUCGAGGAGGAGCUCCGUUGGGCGAUCAAGAAGCAGCUAAGUUUGUCACACUGGUGGUUCUUUACGUACAUACGACGAUGUUUUUGAUGGUUUUGGGAUUGAAGGUGGCGGUGCUUGGUGGUGGUGUUCUUGGGGGAGAAGCUCUUCAGGGAUUUGGCCGGGCGCUGGGCUCUCUUUUUUUUUAUUCGCAAGAGAGAGCUUGGAGCUCGCCGGUCAUCAAGGAAAAGAGAAAGCAUUGUAUAUUCGUUCGAGUCAGUUUGUCGGGUCAGUCUUUCCUUUGGUAUUUUUCUUCCUUUUGUGGAAGAAAGCUUCUUCGUCGUCGUCUUGCUGGAAUCGGAUAACUACGCUCUUUUUUCUUUGCUCGAAAUGACGAAUAAAAGAGAGGAAUUUAAAGC